AUGCCGUUCUUCAGAUCGGACAAAUACAUAUCACAGUUUAUCGAUGUGACAGGACUGUCACAGGCGGUGGCUAAAGAGUACCAGACACGAUACCCCAAGAACGUUGAGUUAGGGAUCCAGGCGUAUUUCGAUCAUCAGCAGACAUCGCAGAAUCCGCCAACCCAAAUCACUCAGAAACUUAAGGAAGUUGCUGACACGUAUCGGGACCCCUCUAAGCCUGACAGAAUUGAGAUCGAUGGCACCCUCCAAUAUAUAUCAGAUUUGGGCGUGGAACCUGAAGACUAUCGAGCAUUGGUACUUGCAUAUCUCUUACAUCUGCCAGAGUUGGGCGUCUUUGAGGUCUCAGAAUUCUUGAAUGUAUGGGGAUCGUUGAAAAAGGAGCUGUUGACAGAGAUGCGAGAGUACUUGGAUAAUUACAGCGAGGAAAUUGUCGCUAAUGUUCAACAGUUCAAGAAGAUGUAUGCCUAUACGUUUGGAUUCCUCAUGCUGGUUCCGAAUCAGAAGUUGCUCAAAGCAGAAGACGCUGUUGAAUAUUGGAAAUUGUUGUUUCCACUUAUAAUUCAUGGCGAAAAGUCACGGGAGAGAUUGGAUCAAUGGUGUUCCUUUGUGCUUGAGGAAUGGAAGCAUCAAGUUAGCAAGGAUAUGUGGAUAAUGACCUUGGAGUUUUUCUUGGAGGUUGUUGACGAUGAUCCUGAGACGUUCUCGAAGUGGAAUGAGGAGCUGUCAUACCCCCUGGUCGUCGACUUAUACGUUGAGUAUUUGCGUGAUGCGGGAUCGUUACCGGAAGCGUGA